UUAAAAAUUUCAAUACAAAAUAAGUGCCCUAAUCAGUUAAUCAGUACAGAACCCCAAUUCCAAAUCUCUCAUCUUCAUCGGCUCACUGCCACUGUUACCUCAGUGCCGGCGGUGGACUCUCCGGUAAAGAUUUUUCCGAUCUCAUACUCCUCUUCUCUGCUCCUAUUUAUUCCAAUCAUGAAUAAUUUCUACGUUCGUUUUUGAUGCUCGUAUUUUUCUUUAGCAGAAAAAUUUAGUGAAUUCUUUACAGGUUAAGUACUUGAUGGUAUUUCUUAGCUGGACGCGUCCAUCUCCUGAAGAGCAGAAAGCAUGUAUCAACAAGUAAAGAAUGCCCAGAACUUGUUACUGGCUUCGUUCCAAUUUAUUUGUCUUAUCUUGCUUUUUAAUCCGUUUACCAGAGAUUCUAGACCGCUACAUCGUUUUGGGACACUCUACGUAUGUUUAUUUUAAGAUUAAACUCUGUGUCAACUCAACAAAUUGAAAUAGAAUGAGUAAUUUAUUUAUUUCCCUUUCUAUUGGUUUAAUUGUGGGAAUCAUUAUUGAGGGUUUCGUCUGUAACAGGUCUGGUUCCUUUAACUAUGAUAAAAGAUUUAGAGGAACUACUGAGAAACCUGCUCCUCUACUUAAGCAAGACAGUGAGCUUGCAAAGGAUGGUUUCUCUGUUAAUUGUGCUCGAGUAUUAGUCGGUUCAGGCCGUGAGACUUUUGAAAAGGGAAAAGCUGCCCUUCAAAAUUGGAGGCAUUUUGGAUUGAAUUGGGCGUUUGUUGAUCCAAAAGCUCAAAUUCAAAGUGGGACAAAGUUCUGUGUUUGUGUGAAGGAGUUCUUCCCGUGGCUUAUGAUGCCUCUACAGGUUGUUUAUGUUAGCGAGAACAAGAACUCGAAAAAGGGGGCUUCGUUUAGUUUUGGCAGUGGAACUCUGCAAGGACAUUUGCUGGCUGGUGAAGAACGUUUUUCAAUAGCAUUGGACGAAAAUGAUCUAGUUUGGUACGAGAUACUUUCCUUCUCGAAGCCUGCACAUUUGCUGUCACUCUUUGGAUACCCUUAUGUUCUUCUAAGGCAAAAGUACUUUGCUCAUCAAUCAGGUAGUGCGGUGAAGAAACAUUUAUCUGCUUAAAACAUGUGAGGCUAUAACUGUGUGUGAACAGGAACUCUUUGUUGUAAAAGAUUCCCAUCCAUAGUUAUGUUGGGUCUUCAUUUCAUGUAUAUUUCUUUGCAUUAUAUGCACGACCUAGUUACUAAUAAUGCAAUUCUAGUCCUUGUUAAAGAAAAAUGUAAUUGUAGUCCAAUAGCUGGAUAAUCAGUGUGAUUUAAUUAAGUGAAUGCAUAGAAGAAAAACUAUGCAUAAGAACCCAAUAGCGAGAAUCAUUUCAAGAAAGGGUCAUUCCAUUCUAAUGUA